AUGAAUAGAGUCAUCACAUAAGGUUUACGUGAAUUGACCAAACGUCAAACAAUCUACGUGAAUUUCCAAUGUGAAAAACUCGAUUUUGAAAAUGGUGAGCAGUGGCCCUCGAAGUUAUGAAAGUUUCCAUGUGUUCAACUGGACCGAGUGCCUGCGUGAGUCCGGAAGUUUACCCGCUCCUGCCGAAUGCUUCAAACAGGCCGUCGGUAUGAAGCUAGAGACAUUGGAACCAUGUAAUGCGACUUCAACCUGCAUCGGUAGUGUUGUGGGAGUUCUUGGAUCUCGACUUCGGCUUCGGUUGGAUGGCAGUGAAAACAUAAACGAUUUCUGAAGGCUUGUCGAUUUGAGCUACCACGACGUUAUUAGUUGCUUUUUAAG